UACAGAGAGCCAACGUAAAGAUGGGAUCAGACUGAGCCGCAUCCUGUAAGGUCAGAUCUUCUCCCAUCCUCAUCUUCAACCACAUGAGUGAAACACCUGACAGUGGGGAGGGAGAACUUCCUUUAACAGGCAGAAACCUCGAGCAGAACCAAACUCAUGCAGAGAGAGAUGGAUAGAUGUAAGAUAGAUGCACGCAGUUGAAGCAGCUGGAGACAAAUGUCUGCAGCAGCGAUCCAGAGGAACCUACGGCAUGAUGGAGCUCAAGGACUCCCAGGAAAGACUGAGUAUUAGUGACUCGAAUGGGACAUGAUUAGACUUAGAGACUUUGACUUUCUUUAUUUGUCAUUGCACAGAAUUAAACACAGCAGUGAUUCCUCUCUGCAACCAAAUGUCAUUUUACAGCAUGAUGGUGUUUAAUUUAAUAGAUAGAAAAAAUAUAAUAAAAACAAUAAAAACUUAGAAAAAAAAUAGCAGCAUUGUGAGUAAUAGUGCACUUUCUGGAGGAAGAUUGGUAGUGGAAUAAAAAAAAGUAUACAGUAUAUAAAAAGAUAUAUGUUCUUAUUCAAAAGUAAGAAAGGCAGACAGUUAAGUUGGUGAGACCGACCAGAGACAGAAUGAAUUAAGAUUUUCAAAAGUGAGUUUAGGAGAGAAAGUGAAAGGACACCUAUUGAGUUUAUACAUGCAUACAAAGUUGGAUGCCCAAACUUCCUGAAAUUUAAGACAAGAUGUAAGACAUUUGUCAUGAAUUAAUUUUGAUGCUUUCCCUGUCUUGUAUUUAGGUCAAUGCAUUGUAAAACCAUGCUUUUAUUUUGAAAUCUAUUUCUGGUAGCUUGUAAGUUGCUGGACUUCAUUAGAGCUGUUUUAUUGUUUUUAGAUCCACAAUAAAUCUUAUGUCCAUUUUUAACAUGCUUCUGUUUGACGUCUGCUGCAGCUAUCUUACCUGCAGCGUUUUCUUCGUCUCUUCUCUGUUUUAUUGCGUGUAAACUAGUGCAAAGGACCAACAACUUACAGUAUAAUUGUAUGCUUAAUUGUAGUACAGCAUCACUAUUAGAUUUCUUUAAAAAGACAGUUAUCAUGAAUAGCAGCAGCCCUCGUGUAAAUCUUUUUGAGAGGACAGUCAGAUAUUGUCUUAUAUAUAAAAUCAUUGUGUCUGAUAGGACAUGAUCAUUUCUAUUUGAAAAGGCCACUCAAGAGUUAAAGACACCGUCCUCAAACUUUCAUAUAAUAGUUACCACAAAGUUGUCGUUUUCAAUUCUGCAAAUAAACCGGAGCUCAAAAGUAACUGACUUUGGUUCCUCCAGGUGGGAAACAUGUGACCCGUCAGACUUCCCUUCACUUCUCGUCUAACUGCCUCCAGUUUCAGCAGAAGUGGCAAAUGGUCUCUGCUGGCAUUCGAAACAUCUGUGCAGCCAGACUACUGUUGGUGAAGCCUCCAGAGACCUGCCUGCCUGCCUGCACCAGCCUCUUUUGAACUGCAGAUCCAAAUACACCGCGCUUAUUGGAAUGGCAUGUAGCUGCUAUAUUCUGAAGGGGGAUCCUCUGCUACUCCUUUGAUGUCCACCACUGUGUCCAAAGCAGGCGAGCCGUCCUCUCUCUGCUCUCUGUUUUCCAUUUGGAACGAGAUUUUGCUCGUCUGGAGAGGGAUUUUUGAAGUGAAACAGACAAGGAGCAGAUUAGCGUGGUUCAGACAGCUGCUCUGUGCUGCAUGGAGUUGGUAAGACAGUAACCGAGGACUGCAGAGGAGCCGUGGAUCUGGGAUACGUUGUUGACAGAAAGUGUAAUGAAUCAGGUCAGUUUUCUGUGUUUUCUCAGUCUAGAAAUAAACAAGAAGCUUUGAGAUGUUUGAUCACUCCUAAUCCAGACACUCCUCAGCCUAAUCGGUGGAUUAUCCGGGAUCUAAACACAAAAUACUUCAUGAUAGAUUAAAAAAAAAAAGCUCUAAUGUUGAGUGUUGUCUUUGUCAAAUAUAUUCAAAAGGCUGUUUCUUAGAAUUGAAUUUGGGAUACCUCAGGGACAUAUCCCCGGACCAUUUGAAUUCCCUAUAAUACAAAUAUAACAACAUGACCUGGUGAUGCUAUUUUAUGCUGAUGAUACUCAGUUGUACAUCUCAGUUUCACAAAAUGACCUCAGUGACCUGCAAACUCUGAUUUAUGGAUGGAUAAUAUUGGAGUAAAGAUUGAAAGACUUUUGAGGUUAAAUUCAGAUGAUUUUAGUGUCUCUGGUUCUGAAAGUUUAAAACAGAGUUUUAGGUUGUGUGGGUAUAACUAAUAAAAGGUCCAGAGCAGACAGAUGAAGCUGCUCUCAAUGUUUGGAGGUCUGAACCUGCAGAUUUAUACAAUAAUUACAAACUUCGGAAGAACUUUUAGACUGUUUUCAAUCUUAACUAUUUCAUUUUUUUCAUCCAAGGAUUACUGCCAGCUCUAUACUGUUUUUUUUUUUUAAACUGAGAGAGUUUUGUGCAUGUUCACACUCAAACUGCCCACUGAGCAACAGACGGCGAUUAGACAUCUAGUUUUUUAGACCGAAUUUCAAGAGUCUAGUUUUUUUUUUUUUUUUUAUAGACAGAAUUUAGACGUUGCACUUUAACCCAUUAGUCGAUAACCAGCAACAUACAGUGUAAUAUAGACAUAGCCCAGAUUUAGACUUGGUCUAAAUUUAGACGUCUAAAAAAACUUUCAUUUUCAGACCUGUGUUCGCCUGAUUUGAGACCAGUCAUCUAGGCUACAUUUAGACCUCUUUUAGACAUAAAAAUGCUCAGUGGGUGAACUUGCAUGAAGUCUUGUUUACGAAGAUCCAAAUGAACGAGUUCACAGUCAUAGUUCUUUUAUUUUAAACUAAGUUUGACCAAACUGCACAAAAACACAGACAGCAGAGCCUCCUAAACAUCAACCCCUAAUCCUCAAUCACUGACACUUUCUGAAUUUAACAGACUGUUCAAUUUUGACGGUAGAAUCAUAGAAAGAUAUUAAGUUCAGCAGCUAAAAACCAUCAAAUUUUGGUGAGUUUGACCGUUUAAACAUGAGAAAUAUCCCCAUCUUUGAAAACUUAAAAAACACUCACAUUACUUUAAGUUAUUGGCUGAAUAUUUUUACCUUUUAUCCGAAACAAAAAUCUCUUCUAAAAAAAUGAACAAAUCUUGAAUCUUGUCAACAAAAGAAAAAGAAGAAAAGAAAAAAAGUUAUUGUCAAAUAAAAUAUCAGCACGUUUUAUCAUGUUUUUAGGGGAAGUAUCGGGACGAUCUUGUGGCUGUUUUAUGAGCCAUAUUUCACCAAACGAACCCACUUAUGUGAUUUUAUUUUGGUUCUUCUUGUGCCCAAACUGAAUACUUGGACUUCUGAGGUGAUGAUCUGGGCUGCCCACUCUCCUCUCCGCCUCAGGGCUCCGUGGAUUGUCAUCCACUCUGUCUCUGCAGCAGCUCAGCAUCAUCCCCACUCGGUGCGUAAUUUGACACAGAGAUCGUCUCUUUGAAGAGGACAAUAAAGAGCCUCACGUGGGUUAAUCACAUUACGCACCAUUUGUCUUGCUUAAACGAAGUGUUGGCUUCCGUGGCAGCGUGUAGACCACAGGCUGGGAGCUGAGAACAGACACAUGUCCACGGGAGAGGUUGACCUCCUGUGACGCGCCUGUGAGCCCCGUGCGCCUCCAGGGACCACCGAGGUUACUCCAGGUUGUCCUGAAGACUAAUUUUAGCCUUAAUGCAGCUGUACACGCGCUCAAGGAUAAUAUAAACAUUUUUAAAGUAAAAUUUGUUUAUUUUAAAUCAAAAUCUGCGUUUACUUCUCUGAGGUAAAGAUGUUUUUUUAAAGGAAAUAUCCGUGUUUUUUUAUCCUGAGAGGGAAAAUGAACUUUAAUUCACCCCAACCCUGUUUGAAAAGUUAAAACUUGACUCCAGUUUGUUUCCUCACAAACUCACACACGGACUCCAGUUUGGGGAGGACCGUUGGAGAGGGACGAAAGAGUUAACCAGGGGGAGGGCGCCAGCUCAGGGGCGUAGAGUAUAAAACCACCUCAAGAGCGCAAAACAAGAACAGCGUGUGUCUCGGUGGGUCCUACUUUGAUAUGCUUUGACUUGUUUCCUCCAGCAGGACUCGUCAGAGGCGCACGCAAGUCUGGACUCUCAACACGCAGCAGAAUGGACGGAGACUGUUUCUGAACUCCCUUUUUAUCUACCUGAACUUUUCUCCGGAGGUAAACUCGUCGAGUAACGCGCUGGGGGCGUAGGAUGUGACGGGAAAGGGGAUCUGCGUAAAGCUGAUGUUGUGUAGAGGCGAGGAAAAGUGAAGAGUGAGGCUGAGAAUGUGGCGGGGAGAGCGCAGGGAGACGGGGCUGCAAGUUUCCUGAGCUUGGAGAUCAGAGGAGGGCGCAACAAGAGAGGGAUCAGUCCUGCAGAGUUCAGGUCAGAUUAACUUGAUCUCCUUUGGUUUGGAUCAAACUAAAUGAAGAGGCAGUUUCAGGUGAUAGUCUAACUUUGGGACAGUCUCACAGUUCACCCUGAAACCCCUCUGGAUUUACAGCUACAGCACUUUUCCCAAAACCACUCGUCCGCCUCCUCUCCGACCCUUUUCCUUUCAUUUUGUAAUUGUGAUCCCCGAAGUGGCUCCGAAGUGGUGUUGCGGCUCCUCGUCCCCGGCGGAUCCGGAGAUUGGGGUCUCUGCACCGGGAGGAGGCGGAGUCGGAGCCCCGACCACACCGCAGGCUCCAAAGAGCGGCCGCGUCAAGAGGAUGGUGCGUCUGGCGGCGGAACUGCUGCUCCUCCUGGGACUCCUUCUCCUCACCUUACACAUCACGGUGCUGCGGAGCAGUCCGCUGCCGCAGGGAAACGGGACUGUGAGCGUGGAUCAGGACGCAGCGCUUACAGAGGUGAGUGAGGAGAUCUGUUGGAGGUGAGGGGGCUACAAUGUGAUAUCCGAGGGUCUCCUCUGGUCACAGAUGGGCUUGAUAAAACGCUCACAUGAGCUGCUGAAUCAGGUAACUCAAAGCUUUCUCUCCCCCGGAUCCCCGUGAGUCUGCGGGGAUUGUUGACAUACGCACGGAUGUGGUCUCUCCGGGGUGUCCCCCGGGAGUGUCAGGGAGCCGGCAGAGGGACUGAGGAUGAGGCAGGGUCAGAGAUCAGCCCCCUGCACCACCCGCACCACUCUUUUGUCAGGGGUUAAACGCUAGCUGCAGGCACUUCUCUGUCAUCAUGGACUCGUCACUGUCAGCCAGAUCUCAGUUGAUGAGUCCGGAGGGUCAGAGGAGAACCCCUGAAGGUGCCCCCCUCCCCCCUAUACCCGGACUUUUACCCAGGAGGGAGGAAGGGAAGGGUCCGGGAUCAGUUCACUUUAAAACUGAAGUUUGUUGAUUUAAGAUUAAGAUUCAAUAAAGUCUGCAGACACUGCAGGCAGCCUGGUCAGAACUGAUCAGCUGAGAACUCAAAUCAGAGACAGAAGAAACUCUCCUGUCAGCUCCAUUUAGUUCAUAGAUGCAGGUUUUGCAGUGUGAGUGGAUAUAGUUUGGAUUUGGAUCAGAACCUCUUUGCUCAGAUUGGCUGUUUGUCUGAACGAACAGAAACAAACAGAAAAAGCAGAUUAGGGAAAGUUUGGGGAAUGUGGUGAAAGAGUGAGUUAUGAGCUUCUCUGCCUUUACUGUAAACUCUCCUCCGUCCUUCCUUUAAUAUCCUUCUAUCAUCUUUUCCGAGUGGUUGACAGGUUUUCCCAUCUUUAACCGUUAUGAUAUAGAUAUAGAAUAACGCAGUUUUAUACAAAUAUAUCCAUUAUCUUAAAUAAUCAAGUGUUUUUUUCAGUGACUAGAAUCUUACAAAAUGAAUCGAGUUCAUAAAGUUGUUGUAUAACUUGAAGAAAUGUACGUUUAAAGCUCCAGUGGGGAUUUUUUGACAUGUAUGAAAUUGACUGAAAUUCAUAUUAAUGAUGAUAUUAUGAUAAAAUGUCAAUUUCUAACGUCUGAAAUCAGAGCAGAAGGGUAGGUGUCAGUCAAGCAGCCAGGACAAGAUAAGCUCUGUCCAUAGAGGGCGCCAAAAUCCACACAUCUAAAGCUUAAACCCAAAAAUGUGCCUUUCAGUUUUUUCUAUUUUAGUUAUCACAGAUGGUUUCAUCAGAGACCCAGAAGUCCGAGUAGACGUCAGGGAGGGCCGAUUACAACAAUCUCAGCGACUUUUUGUUUCUCAUUUCUUAUGAUUUAAAUGGUUUGUUUGUUCAAAAGCAUGAAAAAUAAGAAUGAGGUAUCAGCUUUAUACUUAGACCAUCAUCUGACCUGUUCGAAAACAACUUAAUUUAUCUGUCAGGAGUUUAAUUUGUGUGAAAGCGUCAAAGCGGACAGACAUCCAUGUGCAGCUUUAGAGAGAAGACGGAUAAAUGUGUGAAUUAAAGGUCUGUUUGUCCUAAAUUAUGAAUAUCUGCAAAAAGCAUAAUGAGUGUCCCUCUGGUUGAAGGUAAAGGACCAGACGAGGAUUUUUAGGAUAAGAUUCUGGUACAGUUCUGGAGAUAUGCCUCAAUAAAAACCCACCAUAAGUGGACAUUUGUCAACUUGACACGACUCGCUUUAGCUCCUAAAGUCUGAGUGACCGUUUUAACCUCGGCACAAAGCACAGUGAGUCUCUUUAAGAGCCUCAAAUCCUGACCCGAGGGUUAAGAAGGGUCCGGGAUCAACAGGCUUUUUUGGAAAGUGUUAAACAUCCGUCGCCUGCUUUUUGAUGUAUGUUGAACAUGUUAGUGAAAUACCUCCCUCAUGAUAAAUGCUCACAGUGAUGGUGUCCCUUCAUAAAUCCUUUAUUAGAGCUUCGGGGGGUAAAUGAACGGGAAGAAUUCCACCUUAAUCGAGGAUGGAGGGUAAUUUCCCUUAUCUCCUCUAUCACUGCCAUCUAUCUCCAUGUAUAUGCAACAGCAGGCCUGUGCUGGGUUGGAUAUCAGGACAUGCAAAGCUGAAGAAAUAUUCCAGGAAUUUAUCGAAUAUUUGUCACACGGCCAAAUGUUGCAGGAUCAGAUGAGCAGGGUGAGGACAGGGAGGGAGUCUCUCCUGAGGAAUUGUUGUAAAAAUACGAAGCGCAUGCCAACCAUUCCAGGCCAACAUCCCCGCUGAUGUCCACAUUUACAUGCACACAGAUCCUCCUGGGGAAAGACCUCAUUUGCCCCGAGUUGUAAAAGAAGCAGUGAUUUUUUUUUCUUUCUUCGCUCAUGAACGCUUCGAUUCUGGAGGAUCUGCUUCAGCGGACGGUCACUAAAGGCGCUCAUGUCAUGUUGCGGUCAGGCUCGUCACGGCCCACGGGGCGCAUUGUUGUUUUAAGGUGUUACAUUUAAAACGCCAUUCAUAGAAAUACAAAUGACAGGAUGCAGCUCUGCAGAGCGCACGGAGGCAGCAGAGAGAGGAGAGUCUUUAACAUCACUGAUCCAAGAAGAUGGACUCACCCACAGCAGGGGCAGAGGGAAGUUAGUGCGAUACAGGACCGGAGCUGCAAAGAUUAGCAUCAUGAACAGGCUGCAAGAAAACCAGAGUGAGCAGAAUAAGCGAUAACGAAAUACAGAGAAAAUCUGACUCUAAUCUGAGAAUUCAGAGAGGGACAAAGAAGCAGAUUUCUGAAAAAGAUCAGACCUGAAUAAACAAAAAACAUGGUGGCUGUAAUCGUCUUCUGCACAAGAGAGAAAAAACAUGAUGUUCAUGAAUUCGACUGUUAUAUUUCCAGCUUUACCAGCUGUGAAAAAAAACACAAAACAAGAUCUGAAGAAGAAAAACAAACACAACAGAAAAACUUAUGAAACAACCACAGCCACCAGAGCUGAAUAAAAGCAAAUUUUACACGUUUUGGAGUCGACACUUAAUUUCUACAGAUGUAUUUGUACUUAUGGGAGUCAACCGAGAGUCUGCUCAUUCUUAUGGGGAUGCAAAACUCCUCCCCUAGAAUAAUUUCUGCGCACCCACUGAGCAUUUUUUGGUCUAAAGAGGUCUGAUAGACGUCUAAAUGUAGCCUAGACGACGGUCUAAAAUCAGGCUACCACAGGUCUAAAAAUGAAAGUUUUUUAGACGUCUCAAUUUAGACCAAAUCUAAAUCUAGGCUAUAUCUAUACUAUACUGUAUUUUGCUCAACGGCUAUCAUAAUUAUUUUGGAUAAGUACUUGGUAAGUAGAUAAGUACAGUCUACUUCAGACGUGUUCAUGAAGUUAAAUUUUUGUGCAGGAUUUCUGAGACACCACAUGAUAGUUUGUCUGAGUUUCUCUAAUGUAGACGAUAAAACAUGACGUUUAGGUGGAGCAAAGAGGUGGAUUUGAGCCGCGCCCCUAAUUAAGCUAAACUUACAGACCGAGUAUCUUCAAAACUAACAGAAAACUGAGCCCAGAAGUCCCCGACUGUUUCACUGUAAAGUUGCACUUUUUAUGAUGGGUGUGUAUGUGCUUUACAGUGUUUUGCAACGAACCUCGAGUGGACAGUUAAGGAACUGCAUUUUUAGCACUUUUCUAUUGACUUCAUUACUCAAUGUUGGAAGUUAUUGCUCAUGAUUUAAAUACUCAUUUCCUCCAAUUUAGUUGCUUCAUCAGGUUUCAGGUGAGUCUGAUUAUCAGUUUUAAAUCUGCUCACAUUGGACUGAACUGGACCCUGAAAAUCUCUCCCAGCCGUAUAUCACACUGUCUAUCCUGUCUUUUCAGGAUUCUUGGACUUUCUGAAGUGUUUGUGAACCUGCAUCAUUUCUGCGUUUUCAGCCGUUUGUCCUGAUGGGAAUCUAAGAUGAAAAACUGAAUCACAGUUUGAGUUUUUGUUCUUCUCUUUGGAUGACAUCGCUGGUUUUACGCUCUCAGUGAACUCCCUCUGUGUUUAACCUCUGGUUUAAGGUGACCGAGUGUUUAGAAAUAUCUCCAAAUCCCAUUUCCCAGAAAGCCCGUCUGUAUUUACUCUGGAAGAUGAUGCUGGUCCUCAGGGAUAAACCUGGUUAGCCUCAAAUCAUAUACGAAGCUUUAACUGCGGCUGCCAAGACCAUAAUGAACUCAUGGCUCUCCUCUGAGCGUGGAUGGUUAAAAUAUUCGAGAAAUAUCACCCUGAUCGCCUGUUAUUGGUUUUUAUUGCAGAAAUUAAGAUAAUUAAGAUUUAAAAAUUCCUGUUUGUGUAAAAAAUCUGUCUCUUUUAGCGACAGUAUGUGAUGUGUGACAGGAUAGUUUUCUCCUCCACCUACAGUCGUGUGGAGCUGAAAGGCAUCUGGCACAAUGUGCACCGCCUUCAUUUCCUGCCAGCCUCCCCGGGGGGAAGGACCCCCGAGUCGCUCCCAAUUGAAAAUGGAGUCAUGCCCCUUUAAGCAGCCCUCACAGAGUGUAAAAAGGGGAAGCGGGAAAAGAAGAGGAGAUACUGUGAGGAGGGAGGAGGGGGUUGUGUUUGGGAGUGUUCAUUCACGUCUUUUCAGGGUUCGGGGGUGUCAGCGGGGCAUCCUGGGAGGCCCCAAAACGAACGGGGGGAGUGGUGUGUCACUUUUGAUCUCCAAAUUAAAGCGAGCUCAUCGUUGAGGAGGAUCUCAGACCAGCAUUCGAGGAAACGAUAGAAACGUUUAAUCGAGAUACUCCUGUUGGAGCCAAAGCUGCGUUAGCGUAAACUGAGGAACCUGCAUGUUUUUCUCAUUAUAAUUUGGUGGAAAUCUCCACUGAGAGUCGUUCGGAAAAGAGAGGGCGAGGCGUUUAUGUCGAUGCGAUCAACAUUUGAUAGACUUCAACAACUGACUCUGGUGAUUCAAUCCCCAGCUGUGCGUCCUUAACCCGGCUAAUUCCUUUAAAUCAUUCUGGCGAAAUUCUGAUGACGGCAGCGAAAAAUUGUUAUUUGGACGUCUAAAAUGUCCUGGUUUGUCCUUCACACUGCUGAGCUCCGAGAUGGAAGUAUAGAUUGAGUGAAUUUAAGUGCUUUUGCUAAAAGGAAACCGAGUUUUUCCAGGUUUCUCUUCAAUAACUGUUUUUACUGUUCCGUUCGUCGUCAUAUUGAACAUGUCGUAUUUAAGGUUGACGUGUUUUUGCGAAAUCCGACAACAAACAUGGAUCAGCAAGACUCCUCAUCUGUUACGCUUCUCAGUCUGAGAACGGGUCGGACCAAUCAGGGCCGAUGAGGAGAAGGAAAUAGCGAGGGUUAGGGGUUAGCGCUGCACGAUUUAUCUAUUUUAAAUCGUAACCAGAUUAUUCGAUUAUGACAAUGUUAAAAAAAUGAAAAUCGUCAAUUCAAUUUUCCUUUCUCUCAUGUCUCGCACUGUAGGCUCCCCCUUCCUGCAAGAACCCACCCCAGUACCCACACACACCAGUGUAAACACACAUGGCGUUUGCAAAAGAAGGCGUUAAUUUUGUGGUUAAAUCAGACAAGAACAAAUCAGUCGUGUUGAAUUGGUACGGCGUCGCAGUUUCAGAUGAAGAGUAAACCACUCCCCGCUGUAAAGUCUGUCUGAUGGCGUUAUCAACCCGUUCAAACGGAAACGAAUUCAGGAGGAAACGCAAAAGUUUUUUGUUGUAUCAGAAACGGCGUUUCAGGUGACUGUAAACGGUAUUUUUUGAAAACGGGUCAGAGAGUGAAUAAAUCCUUAAACGACGACUAUUUCAUCUGUGUGUGGAUGUCUAUCUGCAUCUCUUGGAAUGAUCAUGUGACACACAGCGUAACUCUUUUAUGGCGCCUGUGCCAUAAACAACCAAGAAGAGUACACAUGCUCUGUACUCUUCUUCUAUCUUUUGUGCAUUUCCUGUGCAGCGUUGCAGCGCCACUUACUGGCUUGGCAUAUACACAACAUCGUUUUGAGAGAUGAUAGAAAAACUUCUUUUAAAGUUUGGUGAAGUUGUCACUGAAUAAAAAAACGAAAUCAAAAAUUGAGUUUUCAGAGAAAAAAAAAAAAAUCAGGAUUUGAUUUUCGGCCAAAAUCGUGGCGCCCUCGCUCGGUGUAGUUGUGCUAUGACGCAGACGCCUCUGUACCAAACUAACACUUUACAACAUUUAGUCUCUUAUAGUGUUAAUAAAUGCAUUAAUUUGUCGUUAUGAGGGAGUAAAGUUGAUAAAAAGUGUCUCAGCCUCUCAUAUCUGGGCUGUCAGCUGCAGUGAAGUGCAUUUUCAGACGUGCUGCUCCUGAUGACUCCACACUUAUUUAACUUUCAUGUGCAAUCUGGGCGCUGCCUUAAUGCAUGAAAUUUCCUUUUGCAGAAUCAUGUACCGACAUAAAAACUGCUUCAUGUGGAGCUCGGGUUAUGUGGUUCACGACUUCGCAGGGGUGCAUCUCGUCCUCUGAGAGUCUGCAGGGGGGAUUUCUUUCACCAUCGUCUAUCUUGCUUGUCGGGUUUGUUACCCUGAUGCACAAAGUCGACAUUUUUUGGUAAAAGUUAAGAUUCACAAAAGUUUUGAUAAGUUUUUCCACAUCAUUUUGCAGACCUUAAUGUCAUCAUAGUAAUUCUUGUGUUGUAAUGAGAAGUGUGGGAGUCUCUGGAGAGAUAUCCUGUACCGACAAGCGGUUUAAAAAAAAAAAAAGUUUUAUGAUGGGAAAACAGGAGAGAAAGUCUUUCUUCUUAAGUAGCUGUGAAGUUUUGGCAGCAGAUUGAAAUGACUGUUUGCAGCUCCAGAAAAAUAAAGCAGUCAUGUUGGAGUGAAAAGCAGCCUGUGUGGUCCGCAGUCAAAAGAAAACACGAUCCAACCCGAGGAGAUCAAACACACAUUAAUGUAUGAUUGUAUUUGUGUGUGUGUGUCACACUGAGAACGAGCCUGUGAGUGUUUGCUCGGUCCUGCUCCCUCGGUGCGGUUUAAUUACAGCCACUGAGUGACUUCUGAAGGCUGGGAACAUGAAAGACGAGGUUAUCACAUGAACAUCUCCUCGGAGGAGCUGAAGAGUGUGAUCAAACCGGAGACGCUCCUCUGAUGUUCACACAAACUCUCCAAACGAACCGAACCGUCGGCCUCAAUUAUUGGGAUAUGGAAAACAAAAUAAGUGCUCACAAUUUGGAGCAGUUAUUUCCCUAAAUUUCAUAAUUCUGAUCAUAAAUUCUUAUCAAAAAAAUCAUCUUAUCGACGAUAAAACAGCUCCUUUUUUAUGCAAAACAAGAGCAUUUUUUUUUUUCCCACCAAAAUUACAGGAAAUCAUGUAAUUAUGGAUCAUCAACAGUUUAAGAUAUGUGAUGUGAAAGUUUGAAAACUCUUUGAAAAGCUUCUUUUUAUUUGAUCAACUCCAUCUGUGUCUGUGUUGAAGCUGUUGUCAGCAAACGGGUGACAGAAGAAGAGCUAAUUUUUCUGCUUUUUACGACCGAAUGAGGAAAAUUUAUGAUAAAGAUGUCACGGUCCAGGGUUCAACAAAAGGGAUAAAGGACCCAAAUGAAGAACAAAGUCAUGAACAAAGUGAGGAAAAUACCACAAGGAGAGUAGACUGACACACACUGACCGACAAACACAGACAGACAAUGAACUAACAGGAACAGAGGGGAAGACAGGGACUAUACACACACUGGGAAAUGAGCAACAGGUGAGGGAGACGAGACACAGGUGAGACUCAUGAGUGAUUAACAAAAGGAGGGAAAACGAGGCUAGAAACACAAGGAAUCAACUCCUACAAAAUAAAACAGGAAACAAACAGUGAAAACUGAUCUAAAGAGUAAAACACAGAGAACAGGAGGGAAACAGGGUCAAAGACAAACUGAAAACUAACAAAACUGGACUACAACAGGGGAACAAGAACACUCGGGAAAAUACACAGAAAAUACACAAAACCAGGAGAAAACUAAUUUAACAGAACAUCAUGACAAAAGAUUUGAUUCUUACCUUUGGACCGAGCAGAAAUGAUCCGUUUUCAUCUUGACUGAAGGUUGAUAUUUGCUGCCAUGAUGCGACAGCGCUCUUCUACACAGAUGUAAACAAGCACAGGCAGACAUCCUCAGUAUCUUGAUCUGUAACAAAGAGAUAAAAUCGUAUAAAUAAAGACUGUCUUUGGUUAAACUGUCACAGACAUGUUAACGUCAACCUGCAGGAAGGACUGAAGCCUGGUGGUGCUAGCUCUGCUAAUGUUAGCCCCAAAUGUGUGAUCCUGUGUGCAGCUUCACGGUUAUAUCCAGUAAAUAUGAUGUUUUUGACAAUCGUGGGACAGCCUGUGGGAAAGUAUCGUGUUUAUACAGCUGUGCAUCGACCCAGAGAGCGAAAAAAACUCUGAGGUACAUCAACAGAUCCUUGAAAUAGUGUCAAGACUGUCCAGCGUGAGACUGCGGCAGUUCCUCUAAAUCUGAGAUGGAGAUCAUCUGUGGAGAUCCCAUAUUUUGUCACUUUUUACCUCAAGUUGUUCAUAUAAUAAUGAACUUUUUGAGCACAGUUGUGACUUUUGCUCAUAUUUGUCCUCUUUUAUUUAUCAUGUGGACUGUGAGGACCGUAAACACACCGUCUGAGUGAACUUUGUCCUGUUUAAAAUUCAGGUAAUUCUUUUUGCAAACAUAUCCAAUAGGGCUGGGCGAUAUGGCCUCAAAUCAAUAUCACGAUAUAUUGAUCAGUUCACCUCCAUAACGAUAAAUAGACGAUAACUACUCCACAAGCUGCUCACCCCCUCCCACAUUAACUUCCUCGUCCAUCUCCUCACCUGUCUUUCUCUCUUCAUUACGGACUGGAGGGGGUGGAGUCACGUCUCUGACAUGAGACCAUAGCCUACCUAAUACACAUCCAAAACCAACUUUGAUUUAUUCAUUUAUUUGACACCGAAUUUACCGAUACGGACAAAAUGACGUUGGUAAUUGUCGCAAAUUUCAGUGUCAGUAAAUUUUCGUUGUAUCGCCCAGCCCUAGUGUCCAACCUUUUCAGUCAUCAGUUUGUUUAAACACUUAAAGGUUUUGUAUGUCAAGUUCUAAUAUUUUGAUUGAUUGUGUAAAAGGUUAAACUAAAUCCUCUGUAAAACACGGUUUUAUUUACACGCAUCCAAAUCAAAGGUCAAAAUUGGCAACAUGAGGAAUAGGAUUAUCUAAACUGGGAUUAUAGUCCAGAAGUGGGGCUUCAUUAAGAGCUGUUAGGGGAGAUUUCUCUUCAACAGCUGAGCCAAAGCCAGCGUCUGAACUCCCUCCUCUGUCGGCUGAAUUAAGAGAUGCUAAAAGGCGACAGUAGCCGGUCUGUGCCGCCGCUGUCUGUCCCCUCUGCGGCUGAAUUUUAGUUACAUGUACAUUUAUAAUCCUUCCCCCCGUGCUGUGCAGCUCCAUUUACAGCCCCCAUAAUGUCCCAGAGUGCACCUUGGCCGGACACAAACAGCUCCACUGGGGGCUUUUAUGCUCGCCACAAUGUGGCUGAGCUGACACUUUGUCUGUGACUGGCCACCGCAGCCGCUCAGAGCUGCUGCCAUAUUCUCAGGCCUCGGCCCGGCCACAAAAACACUGGGGAGGAAGAAAAGGGACAUGAAGAAAGAAAACAAGCAGCAUGAUUGAUGGCUUUCUUUGAUCUUAUUUUCUGCCACCCCAGAAUGGAUGAUUGCCGACUACUUAUGGCUGUCUGUCCAAUCGAGGAAUAAUUGUUCCUUCUGUGCAUACCUGACAGGGGACAUAUGCCUCAACUGUCCCUCUGGGAUGGAUUUACAACGCCGCUGUCAGAGGACCAAAUGUUUUUCUGUCUGCGAGGAGGCAGAUGUAAUUAUUUUGCAAUGUUUGCUUAGGUUUCUCUGUAUAGCCUCAGAGCGGGAAAACCAUCAGUCUUCCAUUUCUCCCAGGCUGCAGCAGCAGAACAUGCUAAAAAUGUCCGCUUCAUAUAACCAUGGUGAAGUAGCUGCAGUUAAAAAAGGAAAAAUAUACAGUCGAGCUGUGACUCUGGCUCUGGAUGGAUGCUGUAUCAUAUUUUGGUUUAAAGAUGCAGACAAACAAGAAUCAGUGUGUCGUCUGUCUGUCAGUCAGUCUGUCAGUGUCUCCUUCUGUCUGGGCUCCAAGGUGUCCAGAGUCUGUCAGUCCACAGGAUUUAUGACAAAGGUCACGGCCACAUGAACCUCUGUCAACAUGAGAGAUCAAUCUAAUGUUACUGCUGAGUGUGCAGACAGGGCGCUCAGUCUGAAAAUCACCUUUUUUGGGGGUUUUGUCUCCUGCAGCCUUGAAUAGAAAAGCAGGGACUCAUGAUCAGCUCUAGUUAGUCAAAAUGUGUAAAAAUCUGAUGAAUCUCAAACUCGUUCUGCAAUAGAUCAGCUCAAACAUGAAGGAGACACAUCUUUGGUUCUUGUUUGCUUUCGCUUAUACACACCGGGCGAUCACUCUGUGGUACACACUCUCUCCCAUCGUUGCUCUUGGUGCCAGCGGUGGUGUGUGUCGUGUGAACUGCAGCCGCAUGGGUCUGUGACGUCAUCAACAACAUGACUUUUGAUUGGCCAGAGGUCUAGCAGGUCCAGAUAUUCGCCUGCGAAUCUCCGAAAAAUUCGACACAAGAGCGAAAAAAUAAAAGACGCUUUUCGCCCUGCAGAAAAAUCGCCGCCGGUGUGGAAGCUUGCAUUGACUUUAUGCUGUUUUAAAAAAAUGGCGAAUUUGCGCCUGGUGUGCAAGGACCUUUAGAGCUGUAAAAAAUCACUGUAUAUCCUCAACUUAAUGGCAUAAAUGUUACUCUUUGGUGAAGCUUUAACUGUUGUCCUUGAACAAAAACAGACAGCCUGGACGUUUAAAGUGGAUAAAAUAUACUCCACACUAACUGCAUUUGACAAUUUCAGAUUCUACGACAUCUUCUGAUGCAAUCCAAGUUUCGGUCUUUUGAAGCUCAAAUAUAGAGGCAAACAAUCUUAACUGAGGAGAAACAAGCUGCAAAAGUUCCAACGAUGCAAAGUCAACAACACAUGCAAAAGUUUAAAACAAGUGCAAUCAUCACAAGUGUUGCAAAGCCAAAAACAACCGCCAAAGAUAAACUCUGCAAAUCCAGACAUCUCAACAACAAGAGGGUUUUUUUUUUGUUUUGUUUGUAAAAACAGCUUAAAUCCUGGUUUGGAUUUGUUUUUCGGUUUGUGCUGUUUGCAUGCUUCUUUCAGUCGAGGUAAUUUUCAUGUCUGAACGCCCAAAGAAACGGGGCAUUAAAUACUCGUUUUCAGUGCUAACCAAACGCAUGGAGAAAAAAAGCUGAGAGUUUGUCCAAACCGGCCACAAAGUUCAGCUCAGGCCACGACAAAUACGCUGAUUUUAGUGCCAGCCCGUGUCACCUGACCUGCUCCGUGACAGGGUAUCUUUGCUGCUGCUCUCCCUGCCUUGGCAUUUUAUGGAUGUGUAUGAAUUAGAGGGAAUGUGUGCUCACCUUCUCCUUGCUGCAGACUUUGGCGGUCCUUGUAAUCAUGUGGAAGGACAGGAAAAAUGCUAAAUCUAACCUGCUGCAUGCAAUUAAUAAUUCUCUUUGACUAAACAGGUCCUGAUUUGGCUGCGUGCAAACACCAACAGGGCGAUGAAUCAAAUCUGCAGGAAAGUUGCAGAGAUCAGAGAAAAACUCUUUCUCGAGGUUUAAUGAACUUUCUGUUGGUCCUGUAUGGUUCUAGAUUCUGCAGUAGGCCUUUAGUUCUGGUUGAACCUUUUUACUUCUCCCCGUUUUUAAUUCUGAACAUAUUAAUCAAUAAUUAUUUAUGUUAUUGUGUCUCCCCUGCAGAACAAUAUAAAUGCAAAAAGCAGCUCCUCGGCCCAGCUGGCCCCUGAAGACCGGAGAUCUGGUCCCGAACACCGGCUGACCCACAAGCCCGCCUCCCUCCCUUGGGCGCAGGGCAGCAACGUUCACAGAGACGGGCCGGGAGCCUUCCUCCUCGACCUGCACAACUUCCCCGACCUCUCCAAAGCCGAUAUCAACGGACAGAACCCCAACAUACAGGUGAUCAUGUGUGUCUGCGCACCUGCCGGCCAGCUUUGAUGCUUUCACUCUCUCGUAAGACAUGACUACUCAAGCACACCAGACAGGAUCAGCAAACAGGAAGAGGGAGAACAGCUUGGUGCACAUCACUGCCCCCUUUUUUCUCCCCUCUUCCUGCUUCCUUCCACCCCUGUCAUCUUUCACACUUCCUGGCUUGUAGUUCAGCUUAAGAUAGACACCCAGGUCUCACAUCCGUCAUAAUGACAGCUGAGCGGCACACGCUAACCAGCAAAGCUUUACUUCUAACCCCCGUGCAGGAAGACAGACGGCAGCUUAUGGAAAUGUGCGGCGAACCCUCGCAGAUGGCCGAGAAACCGCUGCCAUGUUUAAAUCAUUCUGCUGUCUAAUCCAGCGAGGGGGUCUUUCCAUUUCUGAGAGCAUCGGCGCUAAAUCCGAGCAGGAACAAAGUGUAUUAACAUCUCAAGAUGUGGGAAGAGAGCGAGGCGACCAAUUGAGCAAGGGCGUGAGGCUGUGGAGAGGGGGAGGCCGGGGGAGGGGGGCGUCUUUGAUCCUGGGAUUCAUCUGGCUUUCAUGGUCUGGAGGAGGCUGAGGAGCCCUUUGAACUUUGUGUUUAGGUGGAGAGAGCCCAUGAGGUGGGAGGGUGACUGCGGGGCAGGGGUGAGGGUCCCCCUCAUCUGGGAGGCACAUGUGUGAGGACAGAGAGAGAGAGGGGGGAGGGGAGGGGAGGGCUUCUGUGAGGAUCCAAAAGUGCCACCAAAAGAGCGGAUCGACUCUCUUUGGACAAAAAAAAGCUUCAUAAACGUUUGUUUUCUGAGAAAAAUGGACGAUGAUAUUAGCCUUGUUGUUGGAGCUGCUGAUCAAGAGUUCUCAGACUAUGGGGGCCCACAAGGCCCAUGUUUGGUCAUGGAUGAGACACCCCUAAAAAUAUGAGAACUGUCCCUUUAACAUUCAGAACUCUGCUGGAUCGCUGGUGAUCCCACGUGACACCAUGAAUAUUGUUUACAGUUUCUCAGGAACUAUACCGUGUAUCUCUGUGGGAUAAAAAGUGUUCGAAAGUUUACCCUUUUGAGGAUCUAUCGAGGGUUUCCAGACAUUUCUACACCUGCCACAAGGUUUACAAUCCAGCUACAAAAAUAGGCGUUUCAUUAAAGAUGUUUGAUGGUAAAUCCGCAGUGAUAAACGGUGAAAACAGGAUUAUUUAUCAGAUUGUUGUGAUUAAAAAAAAGAUCACUAUCACUAAAUGUCGCGAAUGUCUUCCAGGUUUGACGAGCUGUUUUGACGACGUCUUUUUCUGUCAAACUUUCUGUAACACUUUACAAUAAACAAAACUUACAAAUGGUAAAUAGACCAUUUAUAAAUGAUAAGCAGACAGUUUGUUCAUGUUUAAUCAUCAUUUAUAGAUAACAUAUAGACCAUUAAUAAAUUUUUAAUUUUUAAUUUUUAAAAACCUAACCUUAACUUUACAAUAACUAUCAAAGUAAUAUUUAUAGAUGGUUUAAAAAACAAAUAUUAACCAUUUACAAAGUGCUGCUGACACACAUUUUAAUCUAGAUGUUUUACAACCAAUAUUUAAACCCUACAUAAACCUUUAAUAAAUAUUCCAUUAAUAAUUCAUGGAUUAUUAAUAAUUAUUAAUCAUGAUUUAAUUGCUUGUUCAUGGUAAAGUAACUUUUUAACUUACAUUCCUAAACUAUCUAUUUACCGUUAAUAAAUUAUGGUUAUUGUAAAGUGUUACCAAACUUUUGACCAAUUACACGACAUCAUAUUCUUCUUCUAUUGUUCUCUUGACAGUAGUGUCCAAUAAGAGGCAACCAAAGAUCAACAAGAGACAAGAAAGUUCCCUGCUUGUCUGUAAAAUCAGAAAUAAUGGUCCUCAAUGUUUGGAAACAAGCAGAGAAGAGAUUCUGAGCAGUAUGAUGUGGUCCUCUGUCUCAUCCCAGACAGGAACUGCUUCAAGGAGCGGCAGAAACAACUGUAACAGUAAAAAACACCUGGAAGAAUGAGUGUAAAUAUGUCAAUAGUUUCUCUUGUGUGUUUGUUCCAAUCCCAAUAUUUCUGCUCCUGAUAGCCAAGACUUAAGAGAAUGAUGUGCAGGUGAGAAAAGGCUUGGUCACUGUAGAUUUAUGUGUUUUAUGACCAAAGUACUGUUGGUAUCAAUUUCCAUUUUUAUGUUUUGGUUGACUUUGAUGGUUCUGAAUCUUCUGUCACAUUCGUUUUAUAUCAUUUUUGCUCCAUAAACUGACAGCUGAGGUUCUCCUGAAAUUGCUGUGCUUGAAAGGAUAUAUAGAUUUUUACUAAAAAAAAAAAACAGGUGGACCAAAAAUAGCAAAAUAUAACUGGGAGUUUUAAGGGUUAAACUGAUUUCACUCUCUUCUUCUUUGUGCAGGUAACCAUCGAAGUGGUGGACGGCCUGGAGAGCCACGAGCCGGAGAAAGGCCUCCGCAAGGAAAACAAACCCAGCUGGGCUUCCCCAAACUGGAGAAACUGGUGGCCUCGCUCCUCAUCGCCCUCCUCCUCCUCCACCACCCAUCAAACGGAGGAGCGCGAUCGCACCUACGGGAGUAACAGCGAGGACAGCAACUUCCUCCGGCCUUCCGCGGACUGGGACAGGAGAGGAGGCGCCGGGGGAGGGAGCAGCAAAACCCAAACUGAAUAUGGUGAGAGCGAGGAGGAAAUGAGCGCACAAUGCACACGGCAGAGUAUUUAGCACCGGUCUCCAGCGUCUCCACAGAUGGCCUUAUAGUCUGAUGUGGAAUCUGUAAUUUGCAGAUUUGCUGAUUUAAGCUGUCACCAUAAUAAGUGCAGUCAUCCCGGGCGAGCUUUUGGGAGCCCCUGAUUGAAGCCUUUAACACUCUUUUAUGAGACGGAUUCCUCUGUGGUGCGCAGCGCGCUACGUGACACAAUUUAAACGCCUCGCUACAUCAAAGUUCAGCGGCAGGACCGGGGCCAGGAGCGCCGUUUGGCUACCACGCCGCUCUCACAACACCCUCCAAAAAGUAACCCCACAGAUAAAUCUGCCGGGGAAGAAUUUACGCUCUCUGUCUUACAGUGUGCGUCCGACCCGUGUUGCAGCAUGCCCAAACCAACAUGGUGGAGCAGGAAUGUGAGCUGUGGUACAUGACAUUUUAUCCACUCACACUGCAGCCGUAAUGAAGGCCAGUUUAUAACCUCUCUGUCAAACCAAAGUGAAAUGUUUCUGGGUUAUCACUGCGGCCAGCUCACAUUUAUCUCUUAAUUCACGCCACACUCACAGCCUCGGGAAUCUUUUAUCAUCAUUACUGUCCCGGUUUAGAGCUAAUAAUCAUAGCUGUGGACGGACUGAGGGUCAUCGAUCACGAGUCUGAUUUCUUCUGUGGUCUGAGGAAAGGUUAUUAUCAACUCCUCUAAAUCCUGUUUUUUCCUGAGCAGCCACCAGUCCUCCUUAAAGAGGGAGGGAAGCAGGACUUAAAGGAUAUCUGGCCCGUAUUCCUACAAAACGCUGGUAAUGAGGGGCAGAUGGCAGCAGGGGGGUGUAUAGGAAGGAUUGGACCCCGGCCAGAAAUACUUCCAUCCCAACAUGCCCACAUUAAUUCUCCUCAUUGAUGGAGUGCUGCUUUCAAGAUGUGGAUGAGUGUGUGUUAGCGGUCGGAUGAGUCGGCGGUGGAGCCUGGCGUAACUGUUUCCAUGUAUUCCCACUGCAGCGAUCGGCUCAAUGAUAAUUGAAGUUAAAGAGGAUUUCUCGCCGUUUCACUUCCCAUUUACAAACCAAUGAAUCACACAUUAAGAAACCUGACGGUGCCCGCUGUGCCACGCAGAAAAAGAAAUGAGGUGCCAAAGUGCAGUACCUCCAGUGGCCACUUGAGGCCUGUUCCAAAGUGAAUCAAUCCACAUUCAGCCUCAUGUUGAAAUGGGAGAUUUUGCUGUAGGGUAAAAAAAACAAAAAAACAAACAAACAAGAUUAAAGCCUGUAUUGUAAAGUUAUUUUUUUAUUAUAAAGGUAGGUUGACCGUACGUCCUCUUUUACCCGGAUAUGUCCUCUUAUAAGUUUAAAAGAGUUUAAGUAUCAAAAAUCCUUCAAAUGGAAGUUUUGAGUUUGUGUUGCGUGGAUUAACUGAGUCAGAAGUGUGUAAAAAAGACUCAAUCUGACCCCAAAAACCUUACAAAUUAACUCGUGCGACUCCAGGACUCCGCCCCCCGUGUAGUCAUAGUCGUAAGGGAUUCAGAAUAUGGUCACCCUAUUAUGAUGGUGGCCGAGCAUAACAUGAAAAAUACACACAACAACAACUUUGUCUUCCAGUUGGUGCAUUUCAAACAUCUUCUUACUGAAAACAGGAACUCAAGAGUGGGAAGUUUGUCUGUCGUGGGCUACCAUAGUAAUAUGGUGGUACAAGAUGGAAACCUGUUAGCACUGAUUAGCAGAUAUCUGUGUCUGUAGUUGACCCAACUAUGAUUUAUGUAGGGUGACCAUAAAUCCUCUUUUACCCGGACAUGUCCUCUUUUCAGGGGGCUGUCUGUCCUUUCUGGGUUUGUCUGGGGGAGUUUAUAAAAUCCUUUAAAGGUCCGGGGUUUUGUACGAAAGUUUUAAGUUUGUGUCACGUGGACUUACUAAGAUAGAAGCACAUAAAAAACACUCGACCCGAAAAACUCUCAAAAUUUGCUACGUGCGACUCCAUGACUCGGCCCCCAUGUAGUCAUGUCCUCUUUUUGGGGAUUGAGAAUAUGGUCACCCAAUUUAUGUAUGAGGGUCAGGUUCUUUCUGUGACCCACCUUAGCCCCACCUCUUUGUCCAUUUCUAGUCUGACUGUAAAUUAGGUCGGUUCGUCUGAUCCAAUACGGUGACAUUGUUUGGCUUCAAAUGUCGAGUCUCACACUGUAUCUGAGGACUUCAUGGAGGUAGAUUUGUUGGUGGGUCAAAGUCAAAGGGAAGUUUGAUCCCUCCCGCCCUUCCCCCCCUCUCUUUAUACUUGCUAACAGACCCGAGUAAGUCCAGCAUGUGGCCCGCAUCAGAACUGAGGACCUCUUUCUCUCUCUCUUUUCUCUCUGAUCCAGAUUACAUGGACGGAGAGGGGGACUGGAGCAACUGGACGGCCUGCAGCGUCACUUGUGGAAACGGGAACCAGAAGAGGACGCGGUCAUGUGGUUACGCCUGCACAGCCACCGAGUCCAGGACCUGUGAUAUGCCGAACUGCCCAGGUAAAGACUCAGAACACAGAGACAGCAGACGUUAGAGGAUCAUCUGUUCAUUUUCCAUCCUUUAAUCCGUCGCUCGCCUCUCCUUUAUCUCUCUAAAAGGUAUUGAAGACGCCUUCAAGACGGCGGCGACUGAAGUGAGCCUGCUCGCUGGAACGGAUGAGUUCAACGCCACAGAGCUCUUUGGUGUUGGUAAGAGUUUUUCUCCUCCUCUUUUCUUCCUCCAAACCUCGUCUGGUACUCUAUCAAAGACAGUUCAUCCAUCUGGCAGCGGCGCUCCCUCACACACUUAGCAUUCCUCACGCUCGAGCUGCGGCCCCAUUACGGCGCAGAGAUGAAAAUGUGCAGCAAGGCAGGAAGAGCGGCAGCUGUGGCGUCUCUUUGUUUGUGUGUUUUCUUCGAUCGUAAAAUAUCACACCUCAGAGUGUAAUCUUUGUGUAACAGUUGUGUAACGGUUUGGUGUCAAUAAAGACGUUGAAGAGUUUCCUCUCUCGUUUCAGACACAGACAGCUGUGAGCGCUGGAUGAACUGCAAGAGCGACUUCUUAAAGAAGUACAUGACCAAAGUGGCGAAUGACCUCCCCAGCUGCCCUUGCUCUUACCCAACCGAGGUGGCGUACAGCACAGCGGACGUACACGACCCUCCCACGCGUAGAGACUUUCGCUGGAAGGACGCCAGCGGGCCCAAAGAAAAGCUGGAGAUCUACAAGCCGACGGCUCGCUACUGCAUCCGCUCCAUGCUAACGUUGGAGUCCACCACGCUGGCGGCGCAGCACUGCUGCUACGACGACAGCAUGAAGCUCAUCACGAGGGGCAAAGGGGCGGGCACGCCAAACCUCAUCAGCACGGAGUUCUCGGCCGACCUGCACUAUAAGGUGGACAUCCUGCCCUGGAUCAUCUGCAAAGGGGACUGGAGUCGCUACAACCAGGCGAGGCCACCCAACAACGGGCAGAAGUGUCCGGAAAACCCGCAGGAUGAGGACUACUACAAACAGUUCGAAGAGGCGAGGGAGUUUUAGCCGCCAGCAGCGAGGAGGAGGAAAAUCACACUGUUCAAACCUCAAACAUGGUGCAGAAACCGAUUUUUAUUCUUUUAUAAGAACUUGUAGAAACUGAGGAACAGGACUUGAUGCUUCUUUUGAACCACGAGGAUUAAAAACAGACUUCUCAGAAAAACACGGUGCGAAAAUUUCAAGAUACGCCUCUUAUAAAACAAACAGACAUUUUGCUUUUAAUUGUUUUACCGUGUAACUUUUCCAGAUUUGGUCUCUAAAGGGAGUUUUUUUUUUUUUAAAAAAGGGAAUUUUUUUAAUGAAAGUGAUGUUCGUUUAGAUCGUGUCCGUGUUCGAUAAUGUUUGAUGGAUCUGAGAGACCUUUAGUGAUUAAAUAACAACCAUCAGAAAUGUGUACGAAAGUCGGGGGAGGGGACAGAGACCAGGGUUAUCUUUUUCUCAUUUUUACCACACUCGAUAUCCAGGCUCUCGUGUAGACUUUGUGAGUUUAUUUAGCAUGCUCCUCCCUUUAUUUUACGGUGAAUUUACAGUUGUCCCCCGUGUCUUUGAGGCAGAUCUCCAUUGUAAAAAUCCAGCAUUAUUUUUGUAAAGUAUUUAUUAAGUUGUAGCUGUGUCUGAGUCGGUUGUGGCUGAAUGCUAACUUGAGAUUUCUCUUGAGCUCAGACUUUUAUUCACUUCUCAAGUUAGGAUUAAACCGUAAAGAAUGUGUGGAUUUAUGUGUACGGAGAGAUUCUUGAGAUAUAAAUCUAUAAAUAAAUGUUUAAAAGAGCCUGUUGUUGCUUAAAUUCACAUGUUUGUGCUAACUCAAGUAGGGCUGAAAUGAU